CGCCUACUCCAUUCUCGCCGGACUUCCUGCCGUAUAUGGUCUUUACACGACGUUCUUCCCCGUUCUGAUCUAUUUCUUCAUGGGCACUUCUAAACAUCUGUCUAUGGGUACCUUUGCUGUGGUGAGUCUGAUGUGUCGUGAAACUGUUGGUCGUGUUCUCAUGGAGCGAUUCCCCCAUGCCUCGGCGCUGGAGAUGGGUCCUCCUGGAGAAAAUUUUCAUCUAAAUGACAACGGGACGAAUACGGACAGUACAGCCGCUCCUGGCGGUGUCGACAUCGAAGCGGAAAGGGUGAAGAUACAUGUCGCCCUCUGCCUCAUCGUCGGUAUCCUACAGGUUGUGAUGGGUAUCCUUCGAUGUGGCUUUGUGACUGUAUAUCUGUCCGAAGCCCUUGUGAGAGCCUUCACCACAGGAGCAGCCUUCCAUGUUCUCACCAGUCAGGUUCCCUCGGCACUAGGUAUCAACGUUCCUGGACGAUCGCUCGGUGACAAGACCCCGGAAAUCAUAUUCGUAUGGCGUCAUCUCUUGACUCAUCUGGGAGAAAGUAACACGGCAACAAUCAUCAUCUUCAUGAUAUCGUUUGCUGUGAUCUUUCUAACCAAGGAGAUCAUUGAAAAGUUCAAAGACCGGAUUAACUUCAACAUCCCAAUCGAACUCAUCGUGGUUGCUAUCUCUAUCAUCGUCUCCAAAUUCGCCUACAUGCACAGCCGACAUGGUGUGGACACUAUCUUUGAGAUUAAGACAGGUUUCCCUCCCCCACAAAUGCCAAGUAUGUUCGGUCCCCUAUUCGGUUCCCUGAUCGGUGAUAGUUUUGCCAUCGCCAUCGUCGCCUUCGCGCUCUCGGUAUCUCUUUCCAAGACCUUCGCUACCAGAAACAACUACGAAAUCGACGCAAACCAGGAAAUGUUGUCUUAUGGAGUGUCAAACAUCAUAUCAUCGUUCUUCCACUGUUUUGUCUGUUGUGGAGCUCUUGCUCGUACAUCCAUCCAGGAAGCCGUUGGAGGAAAGACACAGAUCGUCACCCUAGUCUCAUCCACUAUGGUCAUGUUGGUAUUGCUCUUCAUGGCCCCAUGGUUCGAGCCCCUACCCAAGUCUGUGUUGGCAGCCAUCAUCUGUGCUGGUCUAAAGGGCAUGUUCCUUCAGUUCCGGGAUCUUCAUUUCUUGUUCCGAUAUUCCAAAUAUGAUUUCAUUAUCUGGGUAUCAACCUGGGCUGCUGUUGUCUUCAUCGGGGUCGAUCUCGGUCUCGGAGUCGGUGUCAUCGUCGCCCUCUUCGUCACUGUAGUUAGAACACAAACACCAAACUUCUCAACCAGGGGAAAUGUUAACGGAACCGAACUCUACAAGAACAUCAAACGAUAUCCAAGUGCUAAGGAAUACGACCAAGUGAAGAUCGUCCAAAUGCAGGGUUCAUUGUACUUUGCCAAUGCCGAGAUGUUCCGUAAUCAGGUCUACGAUUCCGUGGGCAUCAAUCCCGUCAAAGUCCUUGUCAAGAUCCAAAAAGCCCAGGCAAAAGAUAAGAAACUCAAGAAGAAAAAGGAAAAUCCUGAUAUUCCUAAUGACGUCAUUGAACUGACUGGUGCAAACGAGGAACAUGUGCGAACUCAAAACUUGAAAAUCAAAGCUAUCAUAAUUGAUUGUGGUCAUUUUGGUUUCGUUGACUCUAUGGGAGCUAAGACGAUGGCAUCCUUAGUCAAAGACUUUAAAGCUGUAGGAGUGUGUGUUGUCCUAAGCAGCUGUUCAGAUUCUGUGAUGCAAUCAUUAUCGUGCCUCAGUUCGAUCAGGAAAGAGCUUUUCUACAUGACUGUUCAUGACGCAUGGCUGUCUCUUCAAAAUAUCAGAUUACAGGUGGAGUCUAUCAUGAAUGGAGAGCCUCGCAAGAAACGACCAUCAAGAUGGAAGAGAUUCAGAACACGAGAAGCAACUAUCUAAGGGGGUCAAGAAGAGAAAAUAAACAUUGAAAUAUUGGGGUACGGUGAAGAAUGAAAGAUGGUAUGCAAAUUUCGAACUACGAUGGUAUCCAUCUUAUAGGGAGAAAGCGAAAAUGAGACGGAAGAAGAAAGGAUUAUGUAAUAAGAACAGUUAGAGGGAUGAUCUCAAUUAAAAAUAAGAUUUAAAACAUUAUAGGGGAAUGUAAACAUUUCAUAGUUAAAUCGGUAGCGGGGGGAAACUAUCACGCAAUAAGAGGCAGUGUUUUAUUUCGAUUAAUAGUAAACAUUUCAAAAUGAUUUAAAAAAGUAUUUUAAACAAUCCUUUAUUCGAGGAAGUUCUAAGUUGAUUUUCAUCAAUUAAGUCAACUAAUCUGAACCUUGUCGAAAAGCAUAAUUAUGCAAGUUCAAAAUAAUUAUUGUAUAACGCAUGUAUAAGUCACUAAUUAAAUCCGAGCUGUUCUUGCAUGAUUUGUACACGUUACUCACUAUUUUGAAUUAGAUUUUAAUGGAUGUUUUCAGAAAUUGGCGAUAUAAAAUUUUGAUUCUAACUUUUCUUUAAAACUGUAAAUGAAAUUCUAAAAGUGGCUGAUUUAUGAUGUGUGUUUUAUUUAUUUCCAAUUUAAAUCGUUGUCAUAAAGCAAUAAGAGUUUUGAAAUGGUUGGUUUGGAUUUUAUCAAUCCAAAGUAAUUGUUAUGGGAUGUUUAUUGUGUAAUAUGUAUUGUAUGUGUGUAACGUAAUAUACUGUAAAUAGUAUUGGUAUUCCAUGUCAUAUUAUUCCACCUGUCGCUACAAAUGUAUUAAGUGCUGGAACACUGUGAUUUUUUUUAUCUGUAGAAAUCUACACCUUUCCAAUAUAAAACUAGCAUUGUGUCCCUCAAUACUUAAAAAAUACAUUAUUGGUUUUGAGGUGUAUUCGGAUCAUACAUAUCAACUUUUUUAAUUCACGGUUAUGAGAUUUGCACAUAGUAACAAAAAACAAACCCUUCCUUAUUCAAAUUAAUUAGCGAAACUGAUAUCAUGGAUUAUUUCUGCGCAUUGAUUUAACACUCAGGAAAGUAUAUAAAUAAGAUAUAAUGCAGCAGAAAGUAAAACAAUUAGUCCCAUAGAAAACCGCUAUGUAUUGGUGUGUAAUUACAUCGAUCUCGCGUUUACUUGUCAUGUACAUAGUACGAAAAAUUCUUGUUUACUAUAUAAUAAUAUAUGCUGUAAAAAUGGCAUCUUUAUCUAUAUGAUAUUUUGAUAAGAAUUUUUUGGGAUAAUGUCAUUAUCUAUGAUAUGAGCGAUAUACUCUGCAAUGUGUAUGGUAUUAAUGCUGUAGGGACGGAUUCGGGAUUUCAGGAUGUAGGGGGUGCGGAGAAAAAAGUUCAACUUAUUGUUUGUUUUUGUUAAAAAAAAACUAUUAUCAUUUCAAAAUCGAUUACAUUUUCUAAAAGUUUACAAGCAACAUAAAGACAAAUCUGUCACAUUUUAUCUCCCCUGCUACAAGAAAAAAAAAAAAAUAAAUAAAUCUCUCCACUCAACCCCAGGAUCUAUUUUCCUCGUGUUAAAAAGAGGGUCACAAGAGUGGGCACUAUAAAUAUGGCAUUAUAACCAUAAUUUUGGUACUUUCUGUAUAUGAUUUUAUAAAGAUAUACCAGGAAUUUUAUUACUUUGAGCAAUCACUUUCAAACGUUUUUUUUUUAUUAUUGGUCAAUAUUAUUUUUUUUACAUAUCAAGAACAGAAAUUGGUACGCAGGUUUGACAUAUCACUCAUGGAAAGCGAAAAGUGACUCGGCUGAUGUUAAUAUCAAACAAGUUUUAAAUAAAUGAUAUAUAUAAUCACUUGGAAAUGUCAUUCUGUGCUAUAUUAUACUAUUCAUUUUGGAUUCAAUCCUUGUAAAUAAACAAUAUUAAGCAUGAUUUUCCUCAUGUUCAAUGUAUAGCUGCGAUGAAGAUUAUAUUUUGUACACUGUGAUUGCAAAUUUCAAAAUACCUAUGUGCCUAAAUCCUUGCUCUUUGAAAUGUCAUACAAUGUUGAGUAUUGUGUUUUAAAACAUAAUUGUAUUCGGAGACAAUGUAAUGUAUAUGAUUUUACUAUGCAAUAAAAUGAAGUAAUCAAAAUA